AUGAAGAACUGUACGGCCCGUGGUUUCGAUAGGAUCAAACCAGAAUAUCUAAAGAGUCGUCCAACAAUUGUCGUCAGAACACUGGCUAAGUUCUUUACGAGGAAGGCCUUUGGUAGUGUCGAGAAGAAAGCGGUAAUUGAAGCCCUGGACAGCCGCAAUGUUCUUGUUCAAUACAUAAGGAUGCUCCAUGAGCUCUACGACAGCAUAACGACUAGUAUUUCGCCAUUCUAUAAGGAAGUCGUUAUCAACGACAAGGGGGUGAUCCUGCAGGGAUAUGUCAUUUCGCCGAAAUAUUUCGGUGCCGCUCUCGAAAACUUCAUGCGUCAUUUCGAACGGGUAGCCUUCGGAAUAGAUGUCGACGGCCACCGCUUACACCUCCGCUUUGCAUACGACAUAGUGCUUACAAUACCGAACAUCGAGCAGGCGGAACGAAUACUGGACGAGUUAUUAACAGGCAGAAUGAAAACGCUUAUGGCACGUACUAAGGCUUAA